UGGACAGGGAAACGUCAAUCAUUUUGAGAAACAUAGCUGGGAAACCUUCUCAUUUGCUGACCAAGGAGGAGCAGGCUGCCAGGCAGAAGGCAGAAAAAAUCAGGGUGGCAUUGGAGAAGAUCAAAGAGGCACAAAUCAAAAAGCUGGUGAUACGGGUCCACAUGUCUGAUGAGAGCUCCAAAACAAUGAUGGUCGAUGAAAGACAAACAGUCAGGCAGGUUCUGGACAAUCUCGUGGAUAAGUCCCACUGUGGAUUCGGCUCGGAUUGGUCAUUAGUGGAGACAAUCCCAGAACUUCAGAUGGAGCGAAUCUUUGAAGAUCAUGAAAAUCUGGUAGAGAACUUGCUGAACUGGACUCGAGAUAGUCAGAAUAAGCUCAUGUUUACUGAACGCAUUGAGAAAUAUGCACUUUUUAAAAAUCCACAG